GGUUUGUGCUGCUGCCGCUGCCGCCGCCGCCCGGGCCGAGUGACAAAGGAAGGAAGGAAGGAAGCGAAGAGGACCUGGCCCCGCAGCCGCUGACAGGGCUCCGGGCUCGGGGCAAAGCGCAGACACUUCCUGAGCAAGCACCGAUCAGAGGCGAGGGGCGGAGGGCGGCCGCGCCGGUGCCGUGGACGGGGGAGGGGGCCCCAAGGGACGGAAGCGGUUGCCGGGUUCCCAUGUCCCCGGCGUAUGGGGAGCAGUCGAGGAGCCGCUGCCUGGGGUCUGAAGGGAGCUGCCUCCGCUAUCGCCGCCGCCAUGGCCGCUGGAUCCAGCCGCCGCCUGCAGCUGCUCCUGGCGCAAUGAGGAGAGGAGCCGCCGCCACCGCCCGCCUCUGACUGACUCGCGACUCCGCCGCCCUCCUGGUCGCCGGGCCCCCGCCGCCAGCCCGCUGGAUCCCGCCGCUGCCGGAGCCGCAGCGUUUCCCGUCGCAUCUCGGAGCCACCCCUUCCUCCCAUCCCCCUCUCUUCAAGCGUGAGACUCGUGAUCCUUCCGCCGCUUCCCUUCUUCAUUGACUCGGAAAAAAAUCCCCGAGGAAAAUAUAAUAUUCAAAGUACUUAUUUUCAAUCAAGUAUUUGCUYCCGUUUCACGUGAUAUAUAUUUUUAAAGGAUUUCCCCCACCCCAUCCUCCUCUCUCAGGAAAGGGAGGUGAAAGAAUUGUAAAUCCCCCAUUCCAGCCCCAAAUUAUCUAUAUGUUCAAUAUCCGUACCGAUCUGUCUUGAAGGAGAAAUACGUAGCUCGUAUUUUUUUUUAAUAGCUAUACAAAAAAGUUAAAAGCCUGGAGAACGAAGUCUUUUUCUUUUUCUUUUCUUUUUCUUGUGAGAGAACUUAAUGCUGCAUUUAUCAUUAACCUAACACCCUAACAUAAAACAAAAGGAAGAAAAGGAGGAAGGAAGGAAAAGGUGAUUCGGGAAGAGAGAUCAUGUCAGGGCGGCCCAGAACCACCUCCUUUGCGGAGAGCUGCAAGCCAGUGCAGCAGCCUUCAGCCUUUGGCAGCAUGAAAGUUAGCAGAGACAAGGAUGGMAGCAAGGUGACCACAGUGGUGGCAACUCCCGGGCAGGGUCCAGACAGGCCACAAGAAGUCAGCUAUACAGACACUAAAGUGAUCGGAAAUGGGUCAUUUGGUGUGGUAUAUCAAGCCAAACUUUGUGAUUCAGGAGAACUGGUUGCCAUCAAAAAAGUAUUGCAGGACAAGAGAUUUAAGAAUCGAGAACUCCAGAUCAUGAGAAAGCUAGAUCACUGUAACAUAGUCCGAUUGCGUUAUUUCUUCUACUCAAGUGGUGAGAAGAAAGAUGAGGUCUACCUUAAUCUGGUGCUGGACUAUGUUCCGGAAACAGUAUACAGAGUUGCCAGACACUAUAGUAGAGCCAAACAGACGCUCCCUGUGAUCUACGUCAAGUUGUAUAUGUAUCAACUGUUCAGAAGUUUAGCCUACAUCCAUUCCUUUGGAAUCUGCCACCGGGAUAUUAAACCACAGAACCUCUUGUUGGAUCCUGAUACAGCUGUCUUAAAACUCUGUGAUUUUGGAAGUGCAAAGCAGCUGGUCCGAGGAGAACCCAAUGUUUCAUAUAUUUGUUCUCGGUACUAUAGGGCACCAGAGUUGAUCUUUGGAGCCACUGAUUAUACCUCUAGUAUAGAUGUAUGGUCUGCAGGCUGUGUGUUGGCUGAGCUGUURCUAGGACAACCAAUAUUUCCAGGGGACAGUGGUGUGGAUCAGUUGGUAGAAAUAAUCAAGGUCCUGGGAACACCAACAAGGGAGCAAAUUAGAGAAAUGAACCCAAAUUAUACAGAAUUCAAAUUCCCUCAAAUUAAGGCACACCCAUGGACAAAGGUCUUCCGACCCCGAACUCCACCGGAGGCCAUUGCAUUGUGUAGCCGUCUGCUGGAGUAUACACCAACUGCCCGAUUGACACCACUGGAAGCUUGUGCACAUUCAUUUUUUGAUGAACUGAGGGACCCAAAUGUCAAACUACCAAAUGGGCGAGACACACCUGCACUCUUCAACUUCACCACCCAAGAACUGUCAAGUAAUCCACCUUUGGCUACCAUCCUUAUUCCUCCUCAUGCCCGAAUUCAAGCAGCUGCUUCCACUCCUACAAAUGCCACAGCAGCCUCAGAUGCUAAUGCUGGAGACCGUGGACAGACCAAUAAUGCUGCUUCUGCGUCAGCUUCCAACUCCACCUGAACAGUCCCAAGCAGUCAGCUGCACAGGAAAAACCACCAGUACUUGAGUGUCACUCAGCAACACUGGUCACGUUUGGAAAGAAAAUUAAAAAGAGAAAAAAAAAACCUGUUCAUUUUAGUGUUCAAUUUUUUUUAUUAUUAUUGUUGUUCUUAUUUAACCUUGUAAGAUAUCUAUAAAUACAAAACAAUUUCAUUGUAUUCUCACUUUGUGGGAGACCCAGAGGGUGGGAGGGGUAAUGGGAGGGGGAAAGCGGAGCACUAGAAGACACAAUCUCUCUCCCACGACAAUCUUUUUUUUUUUUUUUUUUAAUCAAAAGUCUGCUGUUGUACACUUUAAAAACAGGACUCCUGCCUCAUGCCCCUUCCACAAGAGAAGAAACCUUGUUCUGUACUGAAGUGUUUGUUUUGUUUUGUUUGAACUUUGUUUUCUUUUCAAGUCUAGUGUCAGACUUUGGCAUAGUGCACAGCUUGAAAUUGGUUGGGAGCUUAGCAGGUAUAACUCAACAGGGGCUUACAUGUCACUUGUAAAAUUAAUCCAUAUCCUCGGGUAUUUCAAGACUUGGCUUUGGCAUGUUGGUGGCAGGUGUGACAGACAAAAAAGGAAAUGUGUAUCAUUUGUAACCCAGGUAGGUCAAUAAAGUUUGAAGCUGUAAGGGGGAGAUACUGAAUUGAUUGGUUAAGUUUGGUUUUGUUCUUAGUCAGUACUAGUGGUGAGAAAGCUGGUAUAGCAGGCUCCCAAAGGGGAGCAGCAAGCAGAACUCUAGUUCCAUAAUGGGGUUUUGUUUUUGUUUUUGUUUUGCCUGACCAAAGGUUCUCUGCAAAUCUUUGUACAGUUUUAAAUUAGUGACCUAGAAGGGGAUUGGAAAGGGUGUUGAACAGGCUAUACUGGCUGCACAGGUCAAAGGCACCUGGUGAGACUAGAGGAAGGACACAGGCUGGGGCAGAUCUCACCACUGUGAAUGAAUUCAUCCAGAUUUUUUUCUAAAGUUACUUCCCUUGGAAAGAUACACUUGAGAGAGGACAUUAUAGUUAAGUAAUGUGAACUGUAACAGUCUACUGCUUUAUUUCUCAUCUUUCUAAUUGAAAAACAAGUUUUUAGGAAUUGCCACCUUCUACACGUAGUUAUAAUUUUAAAUCCAAAUCUAGACUCUAUUUAAUUUUAGCUUUUUUAACCUCAUGCUUUUAAAAUUUAUUUAUUGAUGCAUGCCCAAUAGGCCAUUAUGAUUUUAGGUGGUAGGAAUAUUAAAAACUACCUAUCAAAAUUAUAUAGUCACCUGUACAUACCUGCUGACUUCAUAGGGAAACUGAUGCUAUAAAUGUGUGUAUAUAGUUAUAUAUACAGAUACUCAAUACUGCCUUUUCUUUUUUGUCUCCAGUAUCAAAAUUGACUGGUUGAAGCAUGAGAAGAAUGUUUCCCCACACACACCCAGUUAAGAGUUUUGUUUCUAUUUUCUUUAUCAGUGAAUGGUGUAAGAAUCAGUCUAUUGUUUUUUGGGGAAAAAAAAAAGCAAUAUUCCUUGGAAAGCAAGGAAGAUUGAAGAAUUAUGUUUGCAGUAAAGAGAUAGAUCUUCACAACUACUUUGUUUUAUACUUUUAAGGUUGGUAUCUAUGUGGGCCUUAUAUACUCUAAAAUGAACCUUAGUCACCUUGGUGCUUAUGGGCCAUUACUUGACCUAUGAAUCUUUAAGGCACAAUCAGUUAUAUUUUACWUUUAAAAGAUCACUUGAGUGAUGGCCACUUUUUCCUCCUGCCCUCUCCUUCCCCACACACCUUCCAAGGUUAGCUGAUAAUUGUAGGGCUGCAGAGCUGAACUCUAGAUUGUGUAUAAUCUCCUUUCACCCUCCUCAUUGCCACUUAGGUCAUGUUGGGGUCUCGCCCUCCAGGUGGUUAGGAAGUGGAGUCUCUUGGCAGCCCACGUGCAGGCCCUGCACCCUGUCCUGCUUCUUGACUUUGUGUGCAACUCUCCAAGAGAGUUAUGCUGCCUGCUGAAGUGAAUUGACACCCAGAAAGACAACUGUGAGCCAUCUUAGUGUUCACUCACUGUUUAGCUAAGCUCUUGGGCCACAAAAGGGGUUUCUUAAACCUCUUAUUAUAUCAGAGUUCAUGAGAAAAGAUAAUGUUCAGUCAAACCAAAUAAAAUGGUGAAUUUUACUUUUUAUAAAGUGCUUCUGAGAGCUAGUUAAGAUUGAAAAAAAUCUGAAAGUAUUUGGCAGCAUAGUUCCUUAAAGGAACUAUAGACCAUUACAGAAAAGAUUUAUAAAGAAUCUGAACAAGUAGGUCUAUGACAGAGAAAUGGACCUGUUUUCAGAUCAAACUGCCCAGUCAGAUGUUUGGAUACGAACACUACUCUGGACUUGGUAUACUUGCUGGAGUCCAUAAAAAUCAGUACUUAUUUUAGAAAACACUUUUCCCCCCAUAAAUGGGGUAAGAGAAGAAGAGAGAAAAGUCAGAUGCUUUUCUCUCAGUGUGUGUGUGUGUGUGUGUGUGUGAAUGUGUGAGUGUGUGUGUAUGUGUGCGCGUGUGCGCCGGGGUGCAUGAUUUUUCUUUCUCACGGAUCAUGGCGGGAUCACAGAACUCUUUUAUACAAGUGAGAUCCAGGUCUCUGGAUAUCUUUUUGUAAAUAUAAUAAUAAUAAUUAAAAGCUCCUCACCAAAUUCAAGCUUGUACAUUAUAUUUUCUUUCAGUGUUCUUAAAUUUAAGUUUUAUUGUUUUGUAUGUAAAUAUGUGGACCCAGGAACUGUUAUUAAUGAGCAAAAAGUUACUGUUCAGGGCAGUGAUUCUGUUUAAUAAUCAGACAAAAUGUAGACGAGCUUUUUAAAGCCAUAUAGUUUUAACUCUGUACAGUAGGUACCGKCCUGUAUUAUUGUAACAAUAACUCUAGCAAUGUAUAGUGUAUCUAUAUAGUUUGGAGUGCCUUCGCUUCCAUGUGUUUGGUUUUUUUGUUUGUUUUUAUUUUUAUUUUUCAUUUAAAAAAUUUUAUUUGGUUUCCUUUAUCCACRUCUCCCUGUCCAUUCCCUUUCCCUUUGAAAUAAUAACUCACAACAAUAUCUUUGCCCCCUCCAAAAUUAAGUUUCGGUGAUACCAUGCUCAGGAGUGGGAAGAGGAAACCAUGUUCAUAAUCUCAUUUUAUUCAAGCCCUGCAUUUGUUUUAGUUCUGAAUGUCUGUUUCCUCCUCGGUAGCAAUGACCGUUUCAUUUGAUACUUGGUCCAUUCAGGGACUUAGUAUAACACAUGGAGCCCUAGAGCUGGAGGAUAUCAAUAGAUUAGAUUUUGUUUAUCUCUUCCACAAGCCCUAACCAUGGGUUUUACAAACAGCAGAUUCUAGGAGCCUUCCAUGCUCGAGCAGGCGCUCACUCUUCUUCCUCCCUCCCUCCCCACCUCCUCGCACCAGCCCCCUUACCGACUUCCCUCCCAAAUGACACAGGGAGAGAAAACUGGUUUAGUGUUGGGUUUUGAUACAUCAAUGGUCUAAAAUUCUGUCUUGCAAUGGCUUGCAGUUAACUGCACAGAAUGCCACCAUGCCCAUAGAAGGCUGUUCUAACAAGGGAACUCAACCCAUUCUCUCCCUCCUGCCAUCUCUACCCUGUUCAAUGACAUGUCAUUUUAAUUUUUUAAAUCAGUUUAAUUUUGACUGUGUGCCCAACAUGAAGGCCUUUUUUGGAAAAAAAAAWAUAUAUAUAUAUUUUUUUGUUUUGCCUCCAAGUACUCCAUAUAAAAUGUCUUGAA